AUGGCGACCUUGAAGCGCAAAUCCCCCGAAUUUGUUGGCGCGCCCGACGCUACCCCUACUGGGCCUCCGGCCAAGAAGCUGCGGCUGACGCAGGGCCAGAAGCAGGCGUUGAUUGAUAACUUGCAGCUUGAGAUUACUGAGAGAGCUCGAAAGCUUCGUUCGCAAUAUGCUCUGCAGGCCAAUGACCUUCGUGCCCGCAUCGAACGACGCGUCAAUCGUAUCCCCGUCUCGCUGCGCAAGGCCAACAUGGGUGAACUCUACGAAAAGCACAAUGCUCCAAACUCUACCACAUCACCACUCCGAAGGCCGUCGCCCGCAAAGGCAAAGACGCGUGUUGCCACGAACAUCUCUGUUGAUCCAGCGUCCCCAGUUGGUCGUAACCGACGCGCAAGUCAUGAGGGCUACUCAGACAAGGAGAACGCGCCUAACACCGGCGAGACUGAUGCCCUGAAAAACCCCAAGCGUCGCAACAACCCCAAGGCUGCCGGCGGUGCUUCACGCGUCGUCUCCCAGGAAGUGCGCAACAACGACCACCGCAUUCUUUCUCCCAAGUCUCUCAACUCCCGCACAUACCCGCACUCACCCUUCCGUGCCUCCCCCGAGAAGGGCCAGCCAUCAUACUUGUCGCGUCCCACUUCCCCGCUCAAACCUUCCAGCCCUCUCCGUGCCGCCGGUGCGGGCGCACGCCCGCGUGGUGCCACCACAUCGACUUUCCGGGACACCUUGCAACCUACGCAGCCCAAGAAGACCACAGCUCGCGCUGCCACAGGCCCCAGGGCCGCCGUCAGGUCGCCUCUUCCCCGUCCUGCAACUCGCCAAGGCGAGCGCCGAAAUAGCAAUGCCUCGACCACUUCGUCCAGCACAACCGUUCAAAAACCCACCCGCACUGCAACCGGGGCUCGUAAGCCGACAACGGGCACCUCAACUACUACCACAACCAAGAAGCCCGCCGUGCCGCGCAACCAAGCCGCAUCUCUCGCCGUGAAGAAGACCGCUGCUAAUGCAGCUUCUGUGAGGAAGACUACUGCCCCUGCUGCCACAACGGAAGCAUCAGGCCGGGGAACCAGAGCGCUCCGGAAGCGCGUAUAG